GAUAACAAGAAAAAAUACGCAAACUUUGAAAUCCCCAAUGAUUAGAAAAGUAAACAAAUCCGACAAAUAACCAGAAAGUCGUAUUCAAUUCUCUCAACAUGUACGCACAAAUAUUAAUUGCUUUGCUUCUCUGCUCGUCUUGUUACUGUUACGAAGAAGACGCCUUGAAGCAGGCUUUAGGUGGAGGACUUACAGAAGGACUGGAAGACCUCAUGACCUCGUUUGGCGAGGCAAUAGACGGAUUGGCUGACUUAGCUGAAGGAAAAACAAUCGAAUGCAAAUACAAAUGUAGAAGCGGAAUUAAAGCCAUACCCCACCCUGACCAUACUCCGACAUCAAAUGGUUGUGGAUCAUUUGGAAUUGAGUUUGAUACAGGGAACCUGCCUCAGAUGACAGAAUGUUGUGAUGUACAUGACAAAUGUUAUGACAUAUGUAAUACUGAUAAAGAAACAUGUGAUAAGGACUUCAGACAAUGUUUGCUGGUCAUGUGUGGUAAACUUGGAGAUGAUUUGAAUAAAGAAGAAGCUGAAGUGCCAAAAUUUAUGUUUGGAAAAGGAUGUGAAGCUACAGCAGAAAUAAUGUACAGAGGAACACUAGCUUUGGGUUGUUCACCAUAUAAAAAAGCUCAGAAGAAUGCCUGUCUCUGCAAUGACAAACUGUCUCUGGACCAUAAAGCUGCAGAAAAUAAAUCUGGUACUAAAAUUCCUAAAGUUGACAAGAAAUCCAAUGAUAAAAGAGCAAAACAACAAAAGAAGGCAGAUAACAUUAAAAAAUCUGAAGUAUCAGAACAAGAGAAGAAUUCUAAUACAAAUAAAAAAUCAGAACAGAAAUCUGAUAAAAAAUCUGAUAAAAAACAAGAGAAAGUAAAACCAAAAACCAGCAGAGAGAGUGGGGAUUUAUGAUGAUUUUGUUUAAAUAUGUCCUAAAUUGUUUAGUUAACAUCUUAUUCCGCCCUCAGUAUUGUUACAGAACAUUCUGUUUGGAAUGGCUUGCAAUAUUACUUGAACUGAAAUCCAUAUAGACAAUAGAAAUAUAUAAGAAGGAUUUAUGUUUUUGAAGCAAAUGUUGUUCUUUUUCUCGAAUGUAAAGUAAUUUGAAUAUUUUACAUUACGAUUGCAUUCAAUAACUUAAAAAAAAACAUGCAACAUGAUUUUGUGUAAGAUACCUGCUGAAGACUUUCUAUAUUGCGUAUAUUUAUUUUGUCUCUAAUUAAUAUAUUUGAUAAAAAAUAUUUUGGUUUUAUGGAAGAAAAAACUUUUAUGUGAUAUAUACUUAAUACUGCUGGUGUAAGCAUAAUUCUUCUGUAAAAUGUUAAACUUUACAUGUUUGUAAUAUAUGUAGUAUGGAUAAUUUAUGUUAGUAUACUAGUUUUUUUAUAUGCACAGUAUUUAUAUAUGAUUGAAAAUAAUUUUGCUUUCUGUGAUAUCCUGAUCAAAGUUAUUCAGUAUGAGAAGUCUUUGAGAAUUUUUACAUGAAUACACAAUAGGGUUGCUAGAUAGUUCAUUGUUAUGGUUUUGUACAGAUAUAUUUGCAUAUAGAUUAUAUAUUUUUAUUUUUACAGGUUUAUAAUGAAUCAUGUAGGGUAGGCAAAUUGAAAAAAAAAUAUAUCCAAAGAUUAAUUAAGCAUAACACUUGUCAAGAAUAAAGAAUUUACAUACAUGCAUUGACAUUUCUUUGGUGUAUUGUUUUUGACAAGUUAUUGUUUAUUAAUCUAUUUUGGUAUUGGUGUAUGUUUGACACCUACUUUAUAAUGUGUUAUAUCAGGUAUAUAGCAAAUUUUAUUAUUUUCAUUGUUGGGUAUAUUUUUUGGUUAAUCUGUAUAAUGUGUUGGGGUUUAUAUUAAAUGUAAUAUUUAUCAUUGUUUUUCUUAUUUUUUUUCUUUUGCUUUAUUUCUUUAUUGCUUAAAUUUUUGUUUUGUAUACCUGAAAAGUAUUUAAAAUAAAGCAUAUUUAUAUAAUUCACACAGACACAUGUAUACUCUUCCUUUUAUUAUUGGAUGGCUUUGGGAGCAUUUUUUUUAAUUUUUUAACUAUGAAUGGAAAUAUAUGUUUAACUUAGCAAAAUUAAAACUUGAUGGAAACAUUUGAUAUGUUUACAGUUAUUGAGGUAAAUUUAAUAGUUAUGGCACAAAACUGAUGGCUUUUCUUUACAAAACUGAUGGCUUUUCUUUAAAGCUAGUUAUUCUUUAUAAAGAAUUAUUUUGCUUCAGUUUUGACAACCUGUAUUCUUUUGAGUAUGUAGAUGAAAGCCUACGUUAAGGUUAAUGUUUAUUUUAGUUAACUGCAAUCAAUCAAAUUUGAGGUUUUUUUUAAGAGCCCAUCAAACAAAAUAAAUUAGAUUUAGACAAUUUUUCAAUUUAAUCCUGUAGUUUUAACUUAAGGUUUUGAUUCAUUAUGUAUGCCAAAUAUUUCUUUUCUCUCACAUAAGUUCCUAAAAUUUAUGUAUGUUAAAAUUCUAUAUUAGUACAUAUAUCCUUACUGCUGUAAAACUAUUCAAAAGAGUAAGUUUCCUGUACGGAUUAACUAGAAGAUGCAGUAUUUGUCUGUAAACAUUCCUUAAAGCUUAUAAAUCCUGUAAAGUAAUGUAAUAGUAGUCAGUGUAUUAGUAUGUGUAAGGUUUCUUCAAUUCUUUGCAAUUAAGAAGGAAAUAAUUGAUGGCUUCUUGCUCUCCACAAUCACUUUUAGGAUCUAGCAGUUAUUUGAUUUAUUUCUUACUGAUAAUCACACAGUAUAUUUUCUGAUCUCAAGUUUUAUUGAUAUUUUAAUAUUUUCGAUAUGUGUCCCUUUCACUAACUUUUCACUAUUUUUGCCAUUUAUUCAUUGUUAAUUGUCUAGCUAGCACCUAGAUUGUUCAGAUUGUGUUAUUGGUGUCAGUUGUUUGUUACUUACUAGUUCUUCAUUGACUACUUACCUAGUUUAUCAACUGUCAUACUAUGAUACUUACAGCACUAGGAGGCUUACUAGAAAGAUUAUUUAGUUCAUGUUUGCCCUCACACUUGACCUGGUAAAACACAUAGAUCUGCAUGUCUCUUUAUUUGUCUACCAUGAUAUGA